AUGGGAAACAGCGAGAGUGCACCGAUUCCCGGAGGAGGGACUGAAGGGUAUCAUGUUUUGAGAGUUCAAGAAAACUCUCCUGGACAAGUAGCCGGGCUUGAACCAUUUUUCGACUUUAUAGUUUCUAUUGGAAAUGCUAGACUAGACAAAGACAAUGACACAAUGAAAGAGAUUCUAAAACAACAUGUGGAAAGACCUAUCGAACUUACUGUGUACAACAGUAAGACACAGACAGUACGUCAAACUACAGUAACUCCUUCCCAAAUGUGGGGAGGACAAGGAUUAUUGGGAGUUUCAAUUCGUUUCUGCUCCUUUGACGGCGCUAGUCAACAUGUUUGGCAUGUUUUGUCUGUUCAGUCGAACUCACCAGCUUCCAUUGCUGGGCUUCAGUCGGAUACUGAUUAUAUUCUUGGAGCUGAAAGUGUUUUGAACCAAGCGGAUGAUCUUAUAGCUCAUGUUCAAGCUAAUGAGGGUAAACCCUUGAAGUUAUAUGUUUACAAUGUAGAUUCGGACAUCGUUAGAGAGGUCACACUCACUCCUAACUCUGCCUGGGGAGGAGAGGGUUGUCUUGGAUGCGACAUAGGAUAUGGUUACUUGCACCGGAUUCCUAUCUCUGUAGACAGAUCUAAGCCUCCUAGUGCUGUAGCUUCAACUCUUCCAGCAUCUAAUAAGAUUCCACCCCCUAGUUACACUGGAAUACCACAAAUGGAUUUAGUAUCCCAGGCUCCAACUAUCAACUCUUUCCCUGAUCCAAGCAAGUUCACAUCUCAAGCUGAUACUUCCAACUUUUAUAGUCCACCGACUAAUACUCACCUUCCUCCACCUCCUGUGGCCCCCAGUGUCUUGAGUGCUAAUGUUGCUCCUGUUCAACAUGUUCCUUCUCCGGAUCAUUAUUCAAGUGACCAUGGUCACGGGCAUAGUCAUGAUGGUGGACAUGGACAUAGUCAUGAUGGCGGAUAUUCUCAUAAUCAAGAAGAAAGCCAUGGUCAUAGCCAUGAAGGUGCACAUGGACACAGUCAUGAAUCUGGCCAGGAACAUUCGCAUAAUCAUGGACACGAGUACUCACCUGAACCUGCUCAUUAUCCACAAACGCAAACUAAUACUCAACAGUACCCUCAUCCACAAGGUCCUUCAUCAUUUGCCCCACCUGCAAUUGGUUUCAAUCAAUCAUAUGAUCAUCAACAACAAGUUCAUGGACAAGAUGCUCACCCACCCCAUUCAUCUGCGGCCUCUCACCCUCAGCACGUCUCUGAUGUGAUCGAAUUAGCUAGUCAACUCCAAAAUAGUUCGCUUCAUCAACAUCAACCAGCAUAUGCACCACCACCUCAGCCAACAUCUUAUUUGCCACCAAGUUCAUAUCAAAAUUAUGGUGCUCCAUCCAUGGCUCCUCCCACUACUCCACCUACUGCUCCUAUUUCGAGUUACUAUCAACCACCUCAACCUCCAAUCAUGGGAGUACCAUCACAUGUUCCACCAAUGUUCGCUACCGCAGGAGCACCUCCAGCAGCCCCACAGCCAUUCGCUCCUCCACCACUCAACUUCCCGAUGCCACCCUUAAGCUCUUUAGGAAUUACUCAACCAUUAGCUGCACCACCGGCAUCGCAACCAACAGGGCAAUACCCUGUUCCACCACAGCCACCGACUUCUUACUAUAUGCCUUCUUCCUAA